AGUGUAGUAAGCAAGUUACUACUUAACAAUAAAACAAAUCCCACAGACGUGUACUACCACCCAUUAGUGCAAGCACCUUCACGCCACUCUGUACGAGCAUAUUUUGGACUUAGAAAAAUUAUCAACAAUAUAAUAAAAUUCACAAUAAAACAACAACUGUCUUUUAUUUAUUAUCAACCACGACUACAACAUCAAACAAAUUGUCUGCGACCCGCAACGAUAAUAUCUCGGCAGCCACUUAUCUGCUAUUAGAACUACGAUAGUAGGUACUAAGCUGUCGAGAACAUUACACUGGCGCAGUCGAAAAAGGAGGUUCAAGGAGUUUCAAGACGAGGCGAGCAGUCAAAGCGGCGGAUUUAAAUUUCCAAAGGCGAGUCUAGCAGUCAAGGCGGCUAAAUUCAACUUCGGAGAUCCAGUACCGGCGCAGCGGCUACACCACGUCAAGCAGCUCCACGGAGGUAACAGUUGAGGUCUGAUCAACCAAGGCGACUCCGGGAUCAACGAACAAAUUCAAGACGGGCCAGCAGUCAAUCAAGAAAAUGAACACAGCAGUGGCAACAACGUUGUUAAGGGAAGUCAAGUUCGUUGUCAUGGAUUUCGAAUUUACCAAUAUGAGGAGAACAGACAUUGUACUAAUAUCAGGAGCAAUCUCAAACAGCCUAAACAAAUGUAAAAUUCGUAAGCUCGAGGGGAAACCGCUUCUCCUGCCACUCCACGAACAGAUGAGAAUUAUGACUGUUCGUGAAACACAGUUGGCAGAGAAAUCGAUAAGGCGGAUUUUUCACAACAAAAAGGAAGUGGAGACGACCUGUUUAGCGCAACUUAACAAAAGUCUGAAUUCGAAAUUAAAUAACCUAACACCAGAAUUCAUAAAAAAUUAUAUUUUGCGUGGAGAUAAAAUAAAUGUAGUGGUAUUGUUCGGGGGAUCAUACGAUAGGAAUAUUUUAAGUAGACUAGGGUUAGGACACAUAGAAGUUCUAAAUAUCAGAUGCUAUGAUUUGAAUUUCGAUGGGGACUUCUACAUGAUACUAGAAAAAUUGAGGGGAAAAAUAACUGAAAGAAUUUUCGAAUUCAAUGUAGGUAGAAUCCAGAAAAGGGGUAGGCUAUUGAACUUAACGGAAGCGCAUAGCGGCGUAUGUACACAAAAACAUAAAAUAACAUACGCUCACGACCCAAAGACUGAUGUGAGAUUUACAAAAUGCAUAUUUAACAGAAUGGUUAAGGAAUAUGGGUACCAAAAUUUGGUGAAACAAUUCCAACCUAUAUAGACAAUACCACGCACCUAGCACCACGUUGUAAAAAUAUAAUUUUUUUACGAAUUUAUAAAUUUUAUUAUAGCAAAUAACAAAGUAGCUUAAUUAACACACUAAAGUAAAUAUAUAUAGAAAAAAAAAAGUAACGCUAGAUAUUAAUAAUUAACUAACAGAAUACCACAAAUAGUAAUUUUAAUUUCAUUAAUUUCAGAAAAACAAAAGAGAAAGAAAUAACAUUAGGAAUCGGGCGGUAAAUAAUAGGGGCAUAUUUUGUCUAUUUUAUUGGAGACUGACAAAUGGUGCACUAUUAUGCACCGAACGGUUUGACCACUUAAGAAAAAUGUUGGAAUUUGAUCGUUUGGUGAUUGGUUGGGAAAAUCGUGUGAAUAGCAGAUUUUUUUAACGGGAUCACCAAGGGACCAAAUGGCCAUAAUAACUCACAAUAAGAAAUUACAAAAUCUUAUUAGUUUAGCCAGUGUCGCGGGAGGAUGCUUUGAUUUGCAGCACACUCUGGCGACACGGGUUCAAUUAGCAAGAUGAGAUCAUUACGAAAAUAGAAUAGAAUAGAAUCGAUUUAAUACUAGUCUUGAUCAUGUAAUAAAACUUGAAUACAAUAGUUUAUUGUUGGUCUGGACCUGUAGUAAAAAGAUACAAUCUAAUUACAGUAUAGGGAUAGUAAUAUUAACUAGGCAUAAAAUAUAAUGAUAUAGCGAUUAAUGGAAAAUAUAUAUA